GAGUUCCCCGCCGCUCCGCUCCCUUCCCUCUUCCAAACCCUCGCUCCUCCACCCAGCGCACUCUGCAUCGCUGUCUGUGAAAUUCUACCAUUCUCUCCGCGAAUGCUACAACUGCUCGACGCAGUCCUACACAUCGACGUGACCUCAUCGGUUCGGCGCGAAUUUCCUUUGUGUUUUUCAUUUCUUGUAUCGUCUUCCUGGGAGGGCCGGGAGAGAUUCAAGUCGGGUUGGUCUGUAGGUUGAGAGAGCAUUGCGGUUCAUACGGUCGUCAAGCAAUCGGACGCGGCGGAGAGCGACGGAGCGAGAGGAAGGGGAUCGCAAGAGUGAGCGGAUGAGUGCUUUGUUUGUUCUGAGGGAAUUGGACCGUGGAUCUGGUUGCGAGUGGAGCCGAGUGGGGCUCACUGGAUCGCAGCGUGCUUUUCCUUGGAGGAAGUCUGGCGAAUGAAUCGGAAUCUCGGAGGAGGUCCCGACAGGUCGAAGGGGGCUUUCGUGGUGACCGACUAGAGAGGACUUUCGUCAACUUCCAGAAAAAAAAAUUUACGAGGGAGGAGGAGUCCCUCGCUGUACAAACCACGCAGAGAAGGCGCGUGGGAAAUGGUCGGCCGUCGCGCCGGCGUGCCUUUUGCAUCUUCUGAGGAGAAUCGAAGGCAGAUGUCUUGUUCUGCAAGCAUACGCAGAAGGAGAACUAGUAGGGACAGCAGAGGCGCAACGAGGAAGGCGCUCACUUAGAACAGCAGGAGCAGGAGAAGACGCAGGAGCACUUGCAAUCACCGUCACCCCGACGCUCGAAUCGCAGACCGAACAGAUCGACACUCCGUGUGCGCGCGCGAUUGAUCGACCGGGUGACAAACAGGGAUGUUUUGCUGGGGAAGAAAUAGCAAAAGCAAGCAGGACCAGGACGGGGACGAGGGAAGAAUGUACGCCCGUCGAAUGUCCACGACAUGGUGUCACGAUCGUGAUAAAUCCUCGAUUGCUCGUCGUCGUCGGGACCUCUAGCCCGGGAGACAGACGCGCACACGAGCAAGCUGCACAUCCUGCAAAUCCAGGACCUGGAACGAGAUCCAAUCCGCAUCACCAGGGCAGGAAUUCCUUCGAUUCCUUCGAUUCGUUGAGCAGGGCAGGAAUUCCUUCGAUUCUGAAGCAGCAGCGAGGCCGGCGAGAUGGGGCUGGAUAGCUCGGGGCGAGGCGGGGCGGCGGCCAUGGACGAGGGAGGAGGAGGGUACCUGGUGGCAGCACGGGCGACGCUGAUGCAGACGAUGGAGAGGACGAAGGAGAUGGAGGCGGGCAUCGCCAGAUCGCGGCAGAAGCUGCAGGGCAUGCGCGAGGCGCUGCCGGCGCUGGAGGCCGCCAUGCGGCCGCUGCAGGCGCAGGCGCUGCUGCAGAAGGGGCUGGGCGCCAAGAUCGACCGCGCCUCGCAGCCGGCCGAGCAGGUGCUGAGGACCUUCGAGGUGGUGCGCAGCUUGGAGCGCAUCCUCAAGGGCGAGCCGCGCCACGACCUGCCCGAGUACCUGGCCUCGCUGUCGCAGCUCGAGGAGGCCAUGGGCUUCCUCUCGGGCAACUGCGUGCGCGCCGUGCAGUGGAUCAGCGACGCAGUCAGCUUCCUGGCCAGCAGCAAGACGGCCGACAAGUAUCGCAUGUACCGCCUCAACGAGCGCCUGGCCAGCGUGCUCCAGGACAUGCAGUCCGAGGCCGACCGCGGCAGUAACUACGACAUGGGCCUGCUCCAGGUCGCACUCGGUAAGCUCGACCUCGAGUUCCGUCGCAUCCUCCUCCAGCAUAGCGCCCCGCUCCCCCCGUCCGAACUCGUCCUCCCGCCCCCGCCCACCCCCGCGCCAGCGCCAGCCGAUUCGAAUUCGGAAUUCGGCGCGGGCGUGGGCGUUGAGGAGGAGCCGGUGAGCGCACCGUUGCCGGUGCUGAUGCCGGCGGAGGUGACGGAGACGUUGCGGACGAUAGUGGAGAGGCUGGAAGGGCACAGGUGGACGGACAACGUGCUGGAGAUAUACCGGGAGAGCCGGUUGGCGCCGAUUCGGCAGACGGUGCAGGAGCAGAUGAGGGCGGAGUACCUGGUACACGGGAGCGCGGAGAAGAUCGACAAGCUGGCGUGGGAGGAGCUGGAGGGGAUGAUUGCGCAGUGGACGCAGCACGUCCAGGUGGCGUGCCGCGUGGUGUUCAAGGCGGAGCGGCGGCUGUGCACGCGCGUGUUCGCCACGGUGGAGAAGGAGAGGUGGAUCCGGUGCUGGGGCCGGCUGGGCGCGGCCGGGUUCCUGCCCUUCCUGGCCUUCGGCGAGGGCGUGGCGCAGAGCGAGACGGCGCCGGCCAAGCUGUUCAAGCUGCUGGACAUGUACGAGACCAUGGACCAGCUGCUGGCCAGCGUGUUCGAGGUGUUCGAGGGCGCUGACGCGGCGCUGGGCGAGAUCCGCGUGCGCGCGCGCGAGCUCCAGCGCAAGGUGGUGGUGCGCGCCAGCGAGACGCUGGCGGAGUUCGGGCGCAGCGUCGAGGAGGGCGCGGGCGACGCGCCGGCCAACGGCGAGCGGUCGCGCCUCUGCAGCUACGUGGUCAACUACGUCAAGUACCUGGUCAGCGACUUCUACGGGCCCAUCAUGGCCAAGGUUCUACGCGUGCACAACCGCCGCGACGGCGAGGGCGACGAGUCGCGCGACCGGGACAGGUGGCUGGCGGCGGGCGUGCAGCGGAUGAUGCAGGCGCUGGAGAAGCACGUGACGCGGCAGGGAAAGUCCUACGAGGACGCGUCGCUGGGCCACAUCUUCAUGAUGAACAACCUCUGGUACAUGGUGUCGCGGGUCAAGGACUCGGAGCUCGGCCCGCUGCUGGGCGACGCCUGGGUUAAGGACACGCGUGGCAAGGUGCGUCAGCACACGCUGUACUACCAGCGCGAGACGUGGGGCCGCAUGCUGGCCUUCCUGACGCGCGAGGGCCUGGCCGUGUCCAGCGGCAACCGCGGCGCCACGCGCGAGCUGGCGCGCCAGCGCGUGCGCAGCUUCACGCAGAGCUUCGACGAGGUGACGCUGCGGCACGGCAAGUGGGUCAUUCCCGACGCCGAGCUGCGCGAGGGCGUCGAGCUCGCCGUGGCGCAGAUGGUGGUGCCCGCCUACCGCAGCUUCAUCCAGACCUUCCGCAGCCUGCUCGACCCCGGCUCGACCGUCGGCUCGCGCCACAUCAAGUACUCGCCCGAGGAUCUAGAGCGCAUUUUAGACGAUUUGUUCCAAGUUAGAAGAGCUCAGGAUAGUAAACCGCGCAACGGAACGACUGACGGCAACCUUGGGGACGGAUGAUGAUGAUGAGGAUGAUGAAGGGUGCAGACGCACACACGAAUACAAGGAGCACAUCAAGUUCAAGAAACAACAUGCUUUGAAGAGACUUAAUUUGUGGGUCUUCGUCUCUGGCUACAUACAAGAUUUAUUUCUGCUUAGAGGGUAGCCUCCCGUCAACUAAAUGAUGGCGAAGCUGCUGAUUAGAAUCGUUACGUUAAUCAAUGGUGUUGACCGAAAGCUCCUGUGUUUUCUGCCUGAUGCGAGAGGUCGAGUCGAAUGAACGCUACCCAGGUGUUUGUAAUUAUGACAUUAGAGUUAGUUGACUGCCAGUGUAUAGAGACCUCAUUAAUUGUGAGAAGAAGAAUGUAUUGGGUCAUUUGUCAAUCAAAUACACAGGACAGGUAUAGCAAGUACGGCAUGGGAGGAGAGCUUCACAGUUGUUCACUUUGACUGGAAUACCCUUCUAGGCUGUAGGUAGAUAGAUACUUGCAGGAAAAGUACAUCGGUUCAAGGUAGGUCAGUGUGGGCACUGUACAAUAUAAAUUAUAGCAUCUUUU